GAAGGAGUAGGUCGCGCGAGCUGCUCUUGGGUGGAGCGGUGGCGUCGCGUGCUGCGCAACACGCGCGCCGGGUCGUCAGCAGUGCGCGCGGCUCGGUUACAGACGCAGGUCGCUGUGAGUGUGUGAGUGUGUGUGUGUGAGUGUGUGUGAGUGUGUGUUGAGCGCGAGGCGGCGGGAAAUGGCGAGCGAGCGGCGGUGCGCCUCGUGAGGACACAGUAGACACCGGGAGAGGGUGGAGUGGAGUGGAGUGGAGUGGGGGGGCAGCUCGAGCACGACAGGACGGGCGACGGAGAGGAAACCAUGGACGACUCGGAGCCCGCGGAGGACGGCUUGCUGGCGGGCUUGCGCUGGAACCGGAGCGCCCGGGACCAGGCUCAGCUCAAACACAAGAUCCGGGACCUGCCGGGGCUACUCAAGCACGGGCUGCACCUGCGGAAGAAGAGCCAAUCACCUGACACUAUCCCCGGACCGAGCGCCGGACCUACAGUACACAAGUCUUGUUCCCAGAGUUUUCCAUGUGCUGGUCGGGCUGUGAGGAACGCCUUCCUCUCUCACGGACCAUACCCAGCUAAAGACAAGAUACACCUGGCCAGAAUCAUAAGACGUAGCUAUGUGGGCGUGGAGCUGGUGCAGUGGCUGUGCGAACAGUGUGUGCACGUGCGCUGUCGGACUACUGCUGUGCGUGUCUGGCAGGUGCUGCUGGAGCUCGGAGUCCUGCUGUCUGUGGACCAGCGGGUGGUGUUUUCGGACUCCAACUCUUACUACCAGUUCAGCUUCGAGGAGUGUGACUCCGCUUCCUGUGAGUUUCGCUCCAAUGAGGGGGAGUGGCCAGACGCGGUUAGGCUCCUCGUACAACUCGCCCCAUAUGUCCAGUUUCGCUCUGGGGGCGGGGCCAAUAGCCCGUCAGAGCAGGACUCUGAAGGCAACAGGGACAUCUGCAGUGAGAUUCUCCAGAUGAAGGCUCUCGAGAGGCUCACAUCCACGGUACAAAGUGAGUUGGCGGCUGCUCUCGCCCGAAAGACUCGCAAAGCUUUAUCAGAGCAGGACUCUGAGACGACAGAGACGAGUCUGCAGGAGCCUCACACACCCAGUGAGGAGAGCAGCCCGCUGGGCAGGGUUUGUGCGUUGCGGGACGGUGGCAGCAGUGGCAGCGGCAGCGGAGGAAUGGGGUCCGUAUGCGGCCGUGAGGAGCUGACCAGUCGGUUGGGGCUGGAGGCCGUUCAGCGUCUGGCCAAGGACGGCUGUCGGCUGCUGCAGAACCACAACUACCGUCUCCCCGACAGGAACCAGGGCGUGAGUAGAGAGGCAGUGGGACGGGUUUGUCUUAAGGAGAGAGGACGGGACGUGUUGGUGUUGAAAAGAGUGAAAUCAUCAGUGACGUCGCCUUCGGACCGGUCCUCACCCACGUCGUCAGGGGGUGGGUCGAGAGAGGAGGACUGCGACAAGAGGUACGUUGUGGUGUCGGGAACGCCACUCAAAAUCUUGGAGCACCUACUAAGUGACCUGCGCUUGGAUGACCAAAGAGGGGUGCCAGAGAGCAGGGAGAGCGAAUUGUUGCUGGAUGACUUCCUGUUGACCUACCUGGUGUUCAUGUCCACCAAUGACCUUUGUCAGGCUCUUUUGGGACACUAUAGCAGCGCCCGCUGCAGGGGUCAGGAGGAGGGCAAGGAUGCCCUCUUCAGGAAACGUAAGGUACUGCAGCUGGUGUCCCACUGGAGCAGGCUUUACAAGGACUUCCUCAAGGAUGAGGAGCACGUCAGGAGCUUUAUGAAGACCCUCUACAGGUGUGUUUUAGAAGAUCUGUAUGAGUUCCCCACUCUGGAGAAAGAUCUGAAGGAGUUCCAGAAACUUCUGCGUCGGAGACACACUGUGGAUGACUGUCCUCCCAACCAAAAGAGUAAACAAAUGUAUCAGCAGCUGAGUUUGAAGGAAAACUGUUUGCACCUCCGAAGUCCACAGACAGAGACUAAAGACGUAAUUUGUUGCGUGUACGUGAGCACUGACUCCUACCUGAGUGUCCACACACACCCCUCACUGGAGGCCCAUGAGCUGCUAAGGAUCGUUGGUCUGAAGAUGGACAGAGCAGAACAAGACAUGGUUCUUGCUGUGGUUUCACACACAGGAGUCGUCUCUGCAGAGCGGAGGGUGUUACAGCCCAGUGACUGUGUGUAUUCAGAGUCUCUCACCCCGCAGGGAAAGCUUGUGGCCUGUCGCAGGGAUCUCACUGAGAUCUUGCCUCCUUUAACGGACAGUGCUGAGCUAAGCAGGCGACCGGUGCGACUCCUGAGCAUCAACACCUGGGACGUGGCAGCUGCUCUAACGCACCUUGACUGGAGCCUCUUCAAAUCCAUCCAUGAGCAGGAGCUGGUGUACUACACCCUCAGCCAUGCCCCUGGUACCAGCCACACGGGGGCGCUCUCAGUCCUACUCCAGCGCUGCAACGAGGUCCAGCAGUGGGUCAUGUCCGAGGUGCUCAUGUGCGUCUCUCUAAACAAGAGAGUGCAGCUGCUCAAGAAGUUCAUCAAAAUCGCUGCUCAUUGUAAAGCCCAAAGAAAUCUGAACUCUGCAUUUGCCAUAAUCAUGGGUCUCAACACAGCAGCUGUCAGCCGACUCAACCAAACUUGGGAGAAAUGUCCGGGGAAGUUCAAGAAGCUUUUCUCAGAGUUGGAGCUCAUCACGGAUCCAUCUCUGAACCACAAAGCCUACAGGGAAGCGUUCAAGAGGAUGAAACCUCCCAAGAUCCCUUUCAUGCCUCUGCUCCUGAAAGAUAUCACCUUCAUCCAUGAGGGAAAUAAGACCUUCCACGAUAACCUGGUCAACUUUGAGAAGCUGCAUAUGAUCGCAGACACAGUUAGGAUGAUUCGCCACUGCCAAAGCGACCAACCAGGCAACGAGGUAAUCGGGGUGGACAGUGCGGAGGUGAGGGCGAGUGUAAGCUACCUGCACAUAAUCGACAAUCAGCAGACUCUGUUCGAGCUGUCCCACAAACUGGAGCCACGCGCUUGAACGCACACACAAACACAAUGGAAACCCAAGCACCGCGCGACAUGGAGGACAACAAAAUGUCACAAACUCACGCAUGCACUGCAGCAAACUACCAACAGUGGUGCCAAGUGGUCAAUAAGAUGCCAUGUGUUCUGACAAAGCCCACAAAGACACAGAGCUGCACUCUUGUUUGUUACACUGAACAGGUGCUUGUAAAGGAUUUACAAACUCAACACGCUCUGUGGCACGUCUACGGGAAGAGAUUCUGUGCAGCAGCACAGAGAUUUGCCAAACAGAUCGAUGGUAAAAGAGGUUGUAAUUAGUUUGUACAGUAUCUAUUGGACUGAAUAUGCCCUUGGUUUUGUUCUUGUGAUGAGCUUUUAGUUAUUUAUGAGCCUGUUCAGCAAGUGGAAUGUUCCUUUAUUUCUGUCAAAGCCUCACUGGUGCCCCUCUGGAGGUCAACAAGCAACAAACACAAAAGAACCCAGUCUGCUGUUCUCAUAUUAUUUUAUCUACAUAUCAUAUAGCUGUGUCGUGAUGCAUGUAUACGCAGGAUACAUGCAGUAGUUGUGUGGCUGUAUGAUGUGGAGCUGUUUUGGGGUUAUUGUUUAACACAAGCAGCAGCUAGUGCUGAAUCAAAACCAAGAGGUUUGAAUCACUGAAACUCUACCACACGUGUCAGAGUUCAAAAAACUGUUAAUGAAUAGUGAGCAGUAAAGUCCUGGUUGACUUUUAGCCAAACACAUUUCCCCGUGAUAUUUUUCUGUGAAUAGAUACUGAAUAUUACAUUGUAUAUAAUAUGGACCUAUACAUUUUUCAGUGCCAAAUGUCACAGAGUCCUGCAGCAGAGAUGUACUGUAGAGUGUUGGAAUCUUUUGAGUACUGGAAUGACGUCUGGUCCGCGAUCAUGCAAAGCAGGCCUGACUCCUCGCAGAGAUGCUUUCUGACAUGAUGACUGAUCUCAGGCUGUGGGUCAUGGUAUUCUACUCAUCCUUUUUCCCUUUCUUUUUAAAUCCUUUAGUUUACCAAAUAAGUGGAAGCACUGCACCACAAAGCGUUGUUAACAAAUAGCUUUAUUCCACAAAACCGUGUUCAUGAGGAGAUUUUAUUAUUUGCUCUUACUGACUGAAACGUUUGCUUCCCUCAGAAGUGAAAAUCUGUGAAAACCAACACGGGGUCGACAGAAUAAAGGAAGCACAAGGGCAGAGACUUCAUCCCUUAUUGUACAGCUUUGGUUCAUGCAUUCAUUAUUUAUCUUUAACUGUGGUUCUCAUAAUUCUGAGUAAAUAUGGAAAAGGAAAAUGAAAGAAAGAAAGAAAAAAUGCAGAUGAAGGAAAUCCUUCAGAAAUGAUAUAUGAUUAAUGAUGAUACAAACAAAUUAAGACUAGAAACGCAUUCUUCAGAACAAUGAGCAAACCUCACCUCACUUGUGUUUGUAUUAGUUUGUCCUUGUCCUGUUGCGUACAUUCAGUCACUUCAGUGGUACAUUUCUGCUGAGUAGGCGGAACCAUCCGAGGGAGGGGUUCCUAAAUUACGUUUUUAGUGAUGCAUGUCUUAAGUUGUUUCGAUAAUCGUGAAGCACGGGAGGUUCAGUGCAGUACAGUAGAAAUGUUGUUGCCACAAGUGUUAAUCAUCACCAUCAUUUCAACACGAAGCCUUUCAGAACAUUAACACCAAUUAACACCAUUAUGAUUCACCUGCAUUUCGCAAAGUCUGUCUCUGUGGCCAAAAGCAUCUCAUUCAAGCAUUUAAAGAAGAAAUUAAAAGGUGAUCUCAAGGCAAAGACUCACUUUAAACUUUAAUUCUUAUGUCAUUAUGAGUAGCACAUUAAUUGUGCAUUAGAAAGCUUUCAGAGACAGAUUGUCACAAUUCUUUCUGCAGAUGUUGGUACUGAAUGUGGAAACGGUUACAGUCACCCAAACUGAUUAGUUCAAAUUGAAAGAAUGAUUGAACUAUGUAGGUAUCUGACAUGGCUAUUUAAAAUCUAAAAUACAAAAAGUAGAUCUAUCAUCCAGAAGGUGUUGCUUCAUAUUACACAUUUGAGUCUUGAGAUUGUUUGUUUCCAGUUAUUUAUGUCCACAAAUAGAUCAUAAACAAUUUGAAAAGAUGAGAAGAACAAUUCUGUGGGUGGAUUUCACCGUCAAACUGAGACUUGGUGGAAACUAAUUGACAUUUUCCAUUGACUGUUCUCUGGAAAUUGGUUUAAAAUUUGCAAUGUGGAUAGAAACAGCUUCUAGAAACAAUUACAGGACAUGCUAUAAUUCAAUAACAGUAGCAUAUGGAGGAAAGUGAUAAAAUAUGAAUGCUGACUGUUUGACUAUUUACUAAAAGUUGCGGGAGCUGAUAAAUCAGAGCCGUGGACUGUUCAUAUUCAGUGUGAUAGAAAGGCUUUGUGGUCGUCAUUUACCUGUAUAUGCACACCUCUGCUCACCUUGUCCCAAAGAGCAGAAUAAUUGUGCUGCAUUAGUUAUUUAUUGUAAUAUAUUGUUUACAUAUGUAUUUCAGAAGUGACAAAAUGUCUUGAGUUUCAUUUGCCAGAUGUUCACCAAUGUGCGGAGGUUCACACGCAAGAAGAAAAGAUGUUUGUGGUUUGAAGCUGCACUGCUGGAAUGUAAAAGUUAGCGUGAUGACGCUUGUUUCUUUCGUCUGAUGUCAAAUUACUUUCAUGCAGAGAAAACCACAGGAGGCUGUACUAAGUGUUUUACCGGCCAGUGUCAUAACUGUGCAUGUUUUUUUUUCCUUUUUUUCUUUUUUAAAUAUACAGCAAUGUUUAAAUUCUGUUUGCAUGUUUAAACAAAAACACAAGGUUCACAAUGUAAGACAGGACAAAUUGAAGGCUUUGUACUAUUGUAAUAUUGUUGAUGUGUAAAUAUUUGCCUUCUGUUGUUAUGUUGUUAUUUAUCUGUUGUGAAAGGAAAAAAGUCAACUACAAAGCAAUACGUCUCCCCUCGUGUCCCCUCGACCUUCAGACAGCUGAAGCUACACGUCUUUUCUAGAGCUGCGUUUUACUAUGUGACAAAUUUUACGGAAAAUGAAUAAAUUAUAGGUUUUAUGUGA